CAAACACACCGCCCCGGUGCACCCUGGCUGCCGCCGCUCUUCGUCCUCAUCCGAUCGCCCGUCCUUGGCCUCGGCAGCCAAGACUCUCUCCAUACAGCAUAAAUCCUGCCUCUGCUCGCCUCGCCCAGCAAGUUUUGCCUGGUCUCUGGCCUCAUUUCGCUCCACCAAGCCAAACCUAACCUAACCAAGCCCUUUGCCGUCCUUUGCUGACCACCUGCCCUCCCAAGCCCGCCGCAUCAAGCAGUCGCCCCUGUCGUCGCAAAACCUAGCCAACAUGGAUCCCAGACCGCUACCUCCCGGAUGGAUUGCCCAGUGGAGCCCUCCGCACAACGCCUACUUUUACGUCGAAACGGCUACCGGCCGAACACAGUGGCAUGAUCCUCGAAACCACUAUGCCCCGCCUCCCGGUGUUCCCCAGUACGCCCCUGCCCAGUACGCUCCUCCUCCUGCCUAUGGUGCCCCCGCCCCUGUGAUUGUGCAGCAGCCUGUCCAGCCCCAAGCUGUUGUCGUCCAACAGCAGCCCGUCCAGCGCCCCGGCAUCUCGACAGGUGCAGCCCUGGCCGGCGGUGCCGUUGCCGGUGCCGUCGGCGCCAUGGCCCUGGGCAGCCUCGGCCACCACCACCACCAUCACUGGGGAGGUGGUGGAUUCUUUGGCGGUGGCGGCGACACCGUCAUUGUCGAAAACAACGGCUGGGGCGGCCGUGGAGACACUGUCAUCGUCGAAAACAACGGAUGGGGCGGCAACGAUACCGUCAUCGUCGAGAACAACGGAUGGGGAGGCGGUGAUACCGUCAUCGUCGAAGACAACGGAUGGGGCGGCAGCACCACCAUCAUCGAAGACAACUCGUGGUAGACGGUGCUCCCGUGCAUGGUCUGCCUCGCUCGACGCCUUUUUCGACGCCUGAGCUGCAGGGCCUGUGCCUCUCGAACAAGUCGCCGCUUUGAAGAUUGUCCUUUCCGCCGUCCGUUUCGUUUCCAUGCGCUGUGUACAUGCAUAUCCCUCUCUGAUCUGUAUAAGCACGCUGCGGUGGCUCUGUCUGUCCCCUCGCCCUUCAUUCUCGCUCGCUUUUUGGAUCACCCGGCGGGCCUCUGGUCAAAUAGCGCCAGACGGCCGCGCUGUGGACCGACAGGUGCAAUACAGUAUCUUUGAAAUCA